CUAUAAAAACUUCCUAGUAGGAACGAAAUCAACCGUUUGCUAUUGGCGUUAGAGAAUUAACAUUUUUAAAGCUCGUAACCUUCAUCUUGAGCAACCUGUUCUUCCACACGAUCGAUUCUUCAGUUUCGUUUGUGAUCGUUUGACGAACAGACGUAAAAAUGAAAGUUAUUGUGUUUUGUUUCGUUCUAAUUGCUCUUUACCAUUUAGCUUCAGCGAAACCGGUCGACGAUCUCGACGGAAAAUGGGAGAAAUUCAAGGCUGAUUUUCAGAAGAAAUACGACAGCCCCGAGGAAGAAGCCCGCCGCAAAGAAUUGUUCAGGCAGACGGCCGAACAAGUAGAGGCACACAAUGCUCUGCAUGCACAAGGAUUAGUAACGUACACUCAAGGAAUAAACCAUUUCGCCGAUCUGACAUCCGAAGAAAGGAAGAAAUAUUUGGGAUUCGGGAGGCCUAAGAAUUUGCUGAACGUCAAAAUGAAAGUAGUAGUGUUUUGUGUUGUUCUAAUAGCUGUUUUUAAUUUAGCCACUCCAGCACCUGUGAAAGACGUGGACGCCCAGUGGGAGAAAUACAAAACCGAUUUCAACAAGAAAUAUGACACUCCAGCUGAAGAAACUCGCCGAAAGCAACUUUUUGUCAAAUCCCUCGAAGAAGUAGAAUCCCACAACCUCAAAUACGAACAGGGAUUGGUUACUUGGACUAAAGGUAUCAACCAGUUCUCAGAUUGGACACCAGAAGAAUUCAAGAAGAUUCAAGGAGUAAGGAGAGAGUGAUUUCACAAUAAUGAGCAAUAAUUCCAUCGAGAUUUUCUACAGUGUAUGAACAAUGGUCAAAAUAUUCUCAAUAAAGUAUAAUUCAAUUCAAA